UUCGCCAACAUAGCCAGCUACCAGGACCUGUUGGGCAGCCAUCAUCAACUGCUCAUAGCCGCCACAGCAGCAGCCACCGUCGCCGCUGUCGCAGUCGAGCCGCCUCCGCCGACGACGCCGCCGCAACUGCCGCAAUUGACGACGACGCCACCCAUAGUCACCACCAACAUCGCAACACCCAACAGCCCGAUUCACAACAACAACACAAACACAACAAUAACAACAACAAACAACAACAACAACCAGCAGGCGGUGUUCGAAAAAGCCAUCACCAUUUCGUCGAUUGCGAUUAAACGCAGGCCGACGCUGCCGCAGACGCCAGCAAGUGCCCCACAGGUGUUGUCGCCGUCGCCGAAACGCCAGUGUGCCGCCGCCGUCUCAGUGCUGCCCGUGACCGUACCUGUGCCCGUGCCCGUAUCCGUGCAGCCCCUGCAGCCCGUACAAGUCCCAGUGCCAGCCAGCGCCCUCAAAGGACACCAUCACCAUCUGGGAAAUCAUAUUGGAAGCCAUCUAGGAACUCAGCUGCAACAGCAUCCCCACCAUCCACACCAUCAGCUGAGCUUUGCCCAUCCCACACAGUUUGCGGCCGCCGUUGCAGCCCACCAUCAGCAGCAGCAGCAACAGCAGCAGCAGCAGCAGCAACAGCAGCAGCAGCAACAAGUGCAGCAGCAACAGCAGCAGCAGCAGCGUCUGGCACAGUUCAAUCAAGCGGCAGCCGCUGCCUUGCUCAAUCAGCACUUGCAACAUUCGGCGGCAGUGCACCAGCAGCAAGUGGUGCAACAUCAACAGCAGCAACAGGCAGCAGCAGUAGCAGCACAACAACAGAUACAGCAGCAGCAGCAACAACAGUCGUUGGCCCACUACGGCGGCUACCAGCUGCACAGGCACUCGCCGUACGUGCAACAGCAGCAGCAGCAGCAACACAUUCUGCUGAGUGGCGGCAGCAGCAAGCAGAGGGAGAACAACAACAGCCAACAGUCCGCACCCGCAGCCGUUGCAGUUGCAGCUGCAACAACACCAGCAACAGCCACCGUUGCCGCUGUACCCACAAGCGGCGGCAGCAGCAGUUUGCCGGACAGCCCCGCCCACGAAUCGCAUUCACACGAAUCGAACUCUGCGUCGGCCUCUGCGCCUACGACACCCUCGCCGGCAGGUAGUGCCACAACAACAGCAACAACAGUUGCAGCAACAACAGCAACAGCAGGAGGAGUCAGCGAUAGCAACAACAAUCUCGCCGCCGCUGCCAUAAUGGAAAAUCAAAUGGCACUCGCCCCGUUGGGACUGUCGCAGAGCAUGGACUCCGUGAACACGGCCAGCAAUGAGGAAGAGGUUCGCACACUUUUUGUCAGCGGUUUGCCUAUGGAUGCCAAGCCGCGUGAACUUUAUUUACUAUUCAGAGCCUACGAGGGCUACGAAGGAUCUCUUUUGAAAGUAACUAGCAAAAAUGGCAAAACUGCAUCGCCCGUGGGCUUUGUGACAUUCCAUACAAGAGCUGGUGCCGAGGCAGCCAAACAGGAUCUGCAGCAGGGUGUACGCUUCGAUCCCGAUAUGCCCCAAACAAUUCGCUUGGAAUUCGCCAAGAGUAACACGAAAGUGAGCAAACCCAAACCACAGCCCAAUACAGCGACAACAGCCUCACAUCCUGCAUUGAUGCACCCACUCACUGGACAUCUGGGUGGGCCGUUCUUUCCGGGCGGACCAGAGUUAUGGCAUCAUCCGUUAGCAUAUUCGGCAGCAGCCGCCGCUGAUCUACCGGGCGCUGCAGCACUGCAGCAUGCAACAUUAGUGCAUCCGGCCCUGCAUCCGCAGGUGCCAGUUCGCUCCUAUCUCUGACUAAAUACAGACAAAGUAAUGGAGCAGCCUAUGCAUCAAACUCAAAUGACCAUGCCGCAACAUCAUCAGACCACUGCUACUGCUAUACAUCCGGGUGCAGCUGCAAUGGCACAUAUGGCCGCUGCUGCGGCUGCUGCCACACCACAGAAUGCUGCGGCUACGGCCGCAGCUGCUGCACAACAUCAUCAUUUCUUAUCGAGUCCAGCGUUGGCCAGUCCCGCCGGUUCCACAAAUAAUGCCACACAUCCACAGGCAAAUCCACAGAUUGCAGCCAAUGCGCCCUGCUCCACGCUGUUUGUGGCCAAUUUGGGGCAAUUUGUCUCCGAGCAUGAACUCAAGGAGGUCUUCUCUAGUAUGCCUGGCUUUUGUCGCCUACGAAUGCACACAAAAGUCAUGGCCACAACAGCAGCAACUGGCUCAAGCUGCUCCAUCAAUAACAACAACAACAACAGCAGCAGCAUUACUCAACAACAACAACUUCAACAACAGCAGCAUCCAGUGGCAUUUAUUGAGUUCAAGGAUGCACCAAGCGCCGCCCAGGCCAUGCAACAGCUGCAGGGCAAGUAUCUACUAAGCUCCGAUCGUGGAUCCAUACGGAUCGAAUAUGCAAAGAAUAAAAUGUCCAACGAUAUAACCACCAUUGUGGGGAAAGCACAACAACAGCAAGCCAUAGCACCGCCACCACCACCACCACAGCUCUAUAUAUUGAAUGGCAGUGAACAGCUACAGCUACAGCAGCACUUGCAACAACAACAACAGCAACAGCAGCAGCAGCAGCACUUGCAACAGCAGCAGUUUCAACAACAGCUACUCCAACAGCAACAGCUGCCAAUGGCAACAGAUUGCACCAACAACGGCACCAAUGAUAGCACCACCAACACCACUAGCGUUGUUGUUAACUCACUACAGCACCACAACCAACUUCAUCAUCCUUCAAAUCAGCACCACCAAAAUCAUCUCUUUAGAGACAGGAGCGGGUAUGGAAUCACGGCAUGAUUUGCUUGCUAAGAAACUAGAAAGAGAAAUGCAACAACAACAACAGCAGCAGCAGCAACAGACGCAAGUGCAUCAGCAACAACAGCAGCAACAUGCAGCAGCAGC